AGCGUGAAAACUCGGUCCCAAAGCUCGAGAUUUUCAUGAUGCUUGUCAGCCUGUAGAACUCUCCUGUACUCCGGCGCGUCUAUUGCUGGCCGAGUAUGCUUGAUUCGUCAAAUACAUAGGUGGUUGUCUGGAUAAGAAUUCAAGACGCGAGCGAAACGCGAUAAAACGGCAAAACCGCUGCGUGUUGUUGAGUCAUCCGGGAAAACUGCGGCCUCAAGUUUCGGGGGAAACAUGCACAGAUCAACGGUGCCACCAAUUUAUUGAGUGCUCUCCUGGAUAUAAAGGACUCCCACCACGAUAGGGGCCGUCUCUGCUCACCAUAAACAACAUCUACGAAUAUGGCGUCGUUAGCGCUGAUAGACCACUCCCCUUACCAACCCACCGCCGCUGAGAAACUGUCCUCCGCAAGCAAUCUAGUCCUCAUCGACAACUAUGACUCCUUCACCUGGAAUGUCUACCAAUACCUCGUGCUCGAAGGCGCCAACGUCACCGUCUAUCGAAAUGAUCAGGUUACCCUAGACGAACUGAUAGCGAAGAAUCCUACACAAUUGGUCGUGAGCCCAGGGCCCGGUCACCCAGACACGGACGCUGGAAUAAGUAGAGAGGCCAUAAAAUACUUUGCUGGCAAGAUUCCCAUACUCGGAGUGUGCAUGGGACAGCAGUGCAUCAUAUCGGUCUUUGGCGGCGUCGUGGAUGUCACGGGAGAGAUCCUGCACGGCAAGACUUCUCCACUGAGACACGACGGGAAAGGGUGUUAUGCGACACUGGCACAAGAUCUGCCCGUGACAAGAUACCAUUCUUUGGCUGGAACACAUCCCACUCUUCCAAAAUCACUAGAGGUCUCAUCGUGGAUUGCCAAAGGUCCAGAUGGUGACAAAGGCGUCAUCAUGGGUGUGAGACACAAGGAAUAUGUUGUCGAGGGGGUCCAGUUCCACCCAGAAAGUAUCUUGACGGAAAAUGGCAGAGUCAUGUUCAAGAACUUCUUGACCAUGACUGGAGGCAAAUGGUCCGAAAAUCCUCAGGUGACUGGCGCCGACAAACAGACGAAUGGGGUCUCGAAUGGCCACCCAAAGAAGGAGUCCAUACUAGAAAAGAUUUACGCCCACCGACGGAAAGCCGUUGCAGCACAGAAAGAUGUCCCUUCACAAAGGACCGAAGAUCUCCAAGCCGCCUAUGACCUUGGUCUUGCACCUCCCCAGAUUUCCUUUCCGAAACGACUACGACAAUCUGCUUACCCGAUAGCACUAUUGGCCGAGAUAAAGAGGGCAUCACCUUCGAAAGGUGUCAUCUCACUUGGGACCUGUGCUCCAGCUCAAGCACGAAAAUAUGCAACUGCGGGAGCCAGUGUCAUCUCCGUUCUCACAGAGCCUGAAUGGUUCAAGGGAAGUCUAGAAGACAUGAGGUUAGUUCGACAGAGUCUUGACAGCAUGCCCAAUCGUCCAGCAGUACUACGAAAAGAAUUCAUUUUCGAGGAAUAUCAGAUUCUGGAAGCACGUCUGGCUGGCGCUGACACCGUGCUGCUUAUUGUCAAGAUGUUGGAUGUGGAGACUUUGACACGGCUGUAUCAUUACUCUCGAUCUCUCGGAAUGGAGCCUUUAGUGGAAGUCAAUACUGCAGAAGAGAUGAAAAUUGCUGUUGAGCUCGGCUCAGAAGUCAUCGGAGUGAACAACCGGGAUCUCACAAACUUCGAGGUUGACCUUGGCACGACAAGCCGCUUGAUGGACUUGGUGCCAGAAUCAACGAUCGUAUGUGCUUUGAGUGGGAUCUCCGGCCCACAGGACGUCCAAGCAUAUCGAAAAGACGGCGUCAAGGCCGUGUUGGUGGGAGAAGCUUUGAUGAGAGCAUCGGAUACCAUCGAGUUCAUCUCCAAGCUAGUAGGAGAUCCAGAUGUCGAGCCCGCGAAAAGAUCGGAGUCGCCAUUUUCGGUCAAAAUAUGCGGCACAAGAACUCCGGAAGGAGCCAAAGCGGCCAUUGAAGCGGGUGCAGAUUCUAUCGGCAUAAUACUGGUACCUGGUCGGAAACGGUUCGUCUCGGACGAGGUCGCCUUACAGAUAGCGAAAGUCGUUAAGUCGACGCUAAGGACUUCAUCAAAAUCUCCUGCUGCACACGAUGUCGGAGCUACUGGUUUCUUCGAGCACUCAUCGAGAGUACUGGUUCGACCAGAUCGCGCGCAGCUGGUCGGUGUAUUUGCAGAUUCGCCGCUCGAACAUGUUGUCGAACAAGUCUACAAGCUCGGCCUCGACGUUGUACAGCUUCACGGCUCAGAACCAAUCGAAUACGCACGGAAUAUCCCAGUCCCGGUCGUACGCAAGUUUUCACCAUCAGAACCCGGUGUCUCUGCUCGGGGGUACCAUGCCCUGCCCCUUUUGGACGCUGGUGCUGGAGGUACUGGCCAACAGCUCGCCUUGGACGAUGUCAAGGCCCUGUUCGAGCGGGAUCCAGGCGUCAAGGUCAUUUUUGCCGGUGGCCUCACCCCUGAGAACGUCGACAAGGUGUUGGAGUCCCUGGGACCGUAUCGAAGCAAUAUUGCUGGCGUUGAUGUCAGCAGCGGAGUCGAAUCUGAUGGGAAACAAGAUCCAUCGAAGAUCGCGGCCUUCGUCAAGGCUGUCGAAGGAUGAUUAUCGGGAUCAUCUCGAACAAGAUACCCCAUAUCGAUGUGCUUCUGCCAACAUAAUGGCAACCUUACCACAUCCUUUUCGUCUUCAGAUGCCGUUCGUCGCGCAAUGCUGGUGCUCUUUCACUUCGACUUUCACAUGUCAACUUGCUCGUCACCUCAGCUGCUCGAUCCUCAUUCCUCUUCUCUCUCACGCCUUCAUAUGACUUCACUUGCUCUUUCCCUUCUUCCUUUUCUCCGAACCUCUUGCCUACAUCUGCCUCUUGAGUGACACUUCAA